CAGGAGGCAGUGGCGAAGGGGCAGGAAAGAGGAUUUGGGCUAGGGGCGGGGCCUGCGGCACAGCGUGGCUUCUGAUUGCUGGAGCGCAGCUGCCAAUCUCGCAGAAUCGCUGGGUUAACCAGUGCGCUGGCGAGACGCGCUCAGAUAUACUGAGUGAGUCCUGAGAAGCAGCCUCAGAUCCUGACGGUGCAGCAGUCCGCAGCCUCAGCCAGGGAGUCCCAGCCGCUUUCAAUGGAGGAGAAGCCCGGCCAGCCACAGCCUCAGCACCAUCACAGCCACCACCACCCGCACCAUCACCCCCAGCAGCAGCAGCAGCAGCCGCACCACCACCACCAUUAUUAUUUCUACAACCAUAGCCACAACCACCACCACCACCACCAUCACCAGCAGCCUCACCAAUACCUGCAGCAUGGAGCCGAGGGCAGCCCCAAGGCCCAGCCAAAGCCGCUGAAACAUGAGCAGAAACACACCCUCCAGCAGCACCAGGAAACGCCGAAGAAGAAAACAGGCUAUGGUGAACUAAAUGGUAAUGCUGGAGAAAGAGAAAUAUCUUUAAAGAGCCUCGGUUCUGAUGAAGCUACCAACCCUAUUUCCAGGGUCCUCAAUGGCAACCAGCAAGUUGUAGACACUAGCUUGAAGCAGACUGUAAAGACAAGCACCUUUGGGAAAGCAGGAAUUAAAACCAAGAAUUUCAUUCAGAAAAACAGUAUGGACAAAAAGAAUGGGAAGUCUUAUGAUAAUAAAUCUGGAGAGAACCAGUCUGUAGAUAAGACUGAUACUAUAGCAAUUCCAAAUGGUGUGGUAACAAAUAAUUCUGGCUAUAUUACUAAUGGUUAUAUGGGUAAAGGAGCAGAUAAUGAUGGUAGUGGAUCUGAGAGCGGAUAUACCACUCCUAAAAAAAGGAAAGCUAGGCGCAAUAGUGCCAAGGGUUGUGAAAACCUUAAUUUAGUGCAGGACAAAAUAAUGCAACAAGAGACCAGUGUCCCAACCUUAAAACAGGGACUUGAAACUUUCAAGCCUGACUAUAACGAACAAAAGGGAAAUCGAGUAGAUGGUUCAAAGCCCAUUUGGAAGUAUGAAACUGGCCCUGGAGGAACAAGUCGAGGAAAACCUGCUGUGAGUGAUAUGCUUCGGAAAAGCUCAGAUAGUAAACCUGGUGUGAGCAGCAAAAAGUUUGAUGAUCGGCCCAAAGGAAAGCAUGCUUCAGCUGUUGCCUCCAAAGAGGACUCGUGGACCCUAUUUAAACCACCCCCAGUUUUUCCAGUGGACAAUAGCAGUGCUAAAAUAGUUCCUAAAAUAAGUUAUGCAAGCAAAGUUAAGGAAAACCUCAACAAAACUAUAGCGAACUCUUCUGUGUCUUCAUCUUCAUCCUCUUCGUCAUCGACUGGGGAAACUCAAACCCAGUCAUCAAGUCGAUUAUCCCAGGUCCCUAUGUCAGCGCUAAAAUCUGUUACUUCUGCCAACUUCUCUAAUGGGCCUGUUUUAGCAGGGACUGAUGUAUAUCCUCCAGGGGGUCAGCCACUGCUAACUACUGCUGCUAAUACUCUAACACCCAUCUCUUCUGGGACUGAUUCAGUUCUCCAGGACAUGAGUCUGACUUCAGCAGCUGUUGAACAAAUUAAGACUAGCCUUUUUAUCUAUCCUUCAAAUAUGCAAACUGUGCUGUUGAGCACAGUACAAGUGGAUCUACCCUCUCAGACAGAUCAGCAAAAUCUGGGGGAUAUCUUCCAGAAUCAGUGGGGUUUAUCAUUUAUAAAUGAGCCCAGUGCUGGCCCUGAGACUGUUAUUGGGAAAUCAUCAGAUCAUAAAGUGAUGGAGGUGACAUUUCAAGGAGAAUAUCCUGCCACUUUGGUUUCACAGGGUGCUGAAAUAAUCCCCUCAGGAACUGAGCAUCCUGUGUUCCCCAAAGCUUAUGAGCUGGAGAAACGGACUAGUCCUCAAGUUCUGGGUAGCAUUCUAAAAUCUGGGACUACUAAUGAGAGUGGAGCCUUAUCCUUGGAACCCAGUCAUAUAGGUGACCUGCAAAAAGCAGACACCGGUAGUCAAGGUGCUUUAGUGUUUCUCUCAAAGGACUAUGAGAUAGAAAAUCAAAAUCCACUGGCCUCUCCUACGAACACUUUGUUAGGCUCCGCCAAAGAACAGAGAUACCAGAGAGGCCUAGAAAGGAAUGAUAGCUGGGGUUCUUUUGACCUGAGGGCUGCUAUUGUAUAUCACACUAAAGAAAUGGAAUCUAUUUGGAAUUUACAGAAGCAAGAUCCCAAAAGGAUAAUCACUUACAAUGAAGCCAUGGAUAGUCCAGAUCAAUGAAGGACCAGACUGCCUAUUUGUAACCUUUCUGCAGCAUUAGAGCCACCGUUCAUGGGGGACACAAGGCUUUUAUGCUCCUAGAUCUUCAACGCAGCAGAGGAACCAUAAGUAGAAUCACAGGAUAAUAUAUACAAAUAUAUAUAUAUAUACAUAUAUAUAUAUAGUUAUUUAAAAAAGGCAACUGAAAGUAAUUAGACUUCUUAAGGAAUCAAAUUUAUUUCAAGAGACUACACAUGGUUAUUUAAUCUCCGGUACUGAAUAGUUUUUUGGUUUUUUUUUUUUUUUUUUCCUUUUUUCUUUUGUUAGUUUUUGUUUUAAGUGUGAAUGCAAGUGAUUAAUGAAUACAGACUUAACAAGUGUGGUUCUAAAGUUCCUGCUGUCAUCAACUUGGGCAACAAAUGACCCACUGGAGAGGCAAAUCCACUUAAAAGAUCUCUGUAUCUUGUUCUGUGACUAAAGUGAUACACUAAUCACGGGGAACCCAGAAUGAUUCAACAUUUUCCCCCAACUCCUCCCUUGAUCUUUUGGUUUUACUUUUAAGCCCUGCGAGAAUGCUGGAUAAAUGCCUUGAAGUUUGCGGGGUUGUAUUUUUUUUAGCGAAUAUGAUUUGCAUGUCUUGCCAGGAGUUAAGCAGCCUCUGUGGGGUGUUGGGGAAAUAUUUUCUUUCCUUUUAUUUUUUGUGGGGUGGGAAUAGGGGAGGGCACUGAAGUUCUACAAUUCUGGAAUAGUUGGUGGUACAUAGUUAACUUGGCUUUGGUUACAUAUUGGACUUUAACAACUGAAGAAUCCAUGAGUGUCAUUUAAAGAAAAGUUACAGAACAAGUAAUUGGCUUAGAUAUUCGAUAUGGAAAAAUAUUCCUGUGCCCAUAUUUUAAUGUAAUUGUAUAACUGGGAGCAAAAAUAUAUUCUGCUUUUCAACUGUAGGUGCUCCAGACUUGCUCUCUGUCACUAACACUAAAUGUACUGUUUUCCUUGUUUUUCACCAAACAUCUAAGAAAAACUUCUAUACCUUUCUGUAAAUUCUCUUUUAAUUUCUCAGCAAAAUCUAAAAGGGGAAGAAAAAAGUCCUUGAACAUGAACAUUUUUUCAUGUUUUCAGCCAGUAAGAAGGUAAUAAACCCUGCCUAUUUAGAAGGUGUGUUUUCAUGCAAACUAUACUUCUGAGCUUAUUAGCUUCUAAUUAUAUCUUAAUAAAUAUAUUUUAUUACUAGAGCAAAAUGGAUUUUUAAGGAAAAUAAUGUGAAAUUCUGGAAAUUUUCUUUUGGGCAGAGAAGAGCAUUAGCCCUGUCUUACAUUACAUUACCAUCUUGUUGCACUGCAGCUUGUGUAUAGCAUGCUAAAAUAAAUUUUUUUUGUGUGUGUGUGCGCAGAAAUAAGGGUCCAAUUAUGAUUGGGUGAUGUUAGUGGCAUAAUAACAAGUUGUCUGGCCUGACACAGCAUCACAUCAGACACACACAGAAAUUAGUAUAUCCAUGUAUGUCAUAUACAGGUUAAAAUAGCAGGGCAUUUAUAUAAAAAAAAAAUUAGUCUUUUAAUAAAAAUAGACUGGAUCCCCUGAGACUUGGGGGAGAAAGUAACUACUUUUGCUCUACCCCUUUGCUUAAGAAAUGUCCAGUUUUGAGCGACUGUAGUAUGGGUGGGUUUUCUUGUUUUGUUGAUUAUUUGAGGCUUUUAACAAGUAGUUCAUGAAAGAAGCUGUUGGACUCAACAUAGAGUAGAGAAAAUAUCUUUUUAGUCCGGAUUUCUGCCCUGCUUAGAUUUUAAAAGUAUAAGCAUGGAUUGCCAAUUCCACUUGAUGUAAACAAAACUUUUUUAUACAUAAUAUAUAUAUAUAAUAACUUAUUGUAUCAGUCCAGGUUCAGAAACUUGUGGUAGGCCAGUUCCAGAUAGUUUCAUUUCACCUGUAAACUGUAUCACUUUUACUGAUAUUGUAAUUUUCAAAUGUAUAAUAUGUUUACAGAUGUGCCCUGCAUUUAGUCUGCCUUGUUCCUAUUUUGAUUUUUGUUGAGUCUCCUGCCUGCUUGCCAAAAGCUAGGAUGCUUCAGGCCCAUGUACAAUUGAAAGCAGAGGCAUCCUUGAGCUUUAAAGCAUUGAACAAACUGGAAAAUGCAACAUACCACAUACUGAAGUGAAAAAGUCUGUGUUUUUGUGUUUUUUUUUUAAAUAAAAAUUUUCAAAAAGUUAAAAAAAAAAAGAUAUAAGGUUGAUUAAAGGGAAAAAAAGGCUCCAGUUUGUUUUACAGGUUUUAAAGUUCUGCUGUGUGUUCAAUUGCCUUGUGUAACCACUUGUCGCCUUAGGGCCAGAUUCCCCCUUUUUUUAAAUGUCCAUUUUGCUUGCCUGGAAUUUAAAAAGUUCUGUCUCACAACUCACAAGAAACUUUCUGGGUUUGUGACAUACAGAGGUUGAAUGAAUAUAUAUUUAGAAAGGAGAAAAAGAAAAAAAACAGCCCCCCUCUGAAUCGGGCUUUUUAACUUAGAAGCAACACUUGAUUAUCUUUAGAAUGCUAUCACUUUCCUAAUUUCCUUCCAUAUCCCUCAGGCCUCCAUGUUCAGAGAAGCCAAAAAGAGAAUGUAUCCCUUCUCUGUUUGUCCAAAGGUUUUUGAGAGUCUCACUUCUAAAUAAAACAAUGCAACAUUUCACUUUGAUUUCUCCACUGAAAUUUCCUUGAUUAUAUGGUUAGAGGUAUAUAGUUAGGAAUGUCUCUUAACUUUCUGGGAACCCUAGUGCCCCAUCAUAUUAACUGUCAGUAUUUUGGAGGGCAUUGGGCUAAUGGACUUAAUUGCCUAGGUACAAGCAGGACUUUGGGACAGAUCUCCUUUGUGCUGUUUGGUAACAUUUAACUCUUACUUGUUGCAAUCUUUCUCCUUAGGUCCUCACACAAUUCCUUACAGAGCACUUAUUAAAAAAAAUCUUAAGAGUU